AUGUCGAAAUUCAUGAAGCGCGUUCAACAUGAUGAGGUUUGUGAGUGUAAAAGGGAGGAAACAAUAUUUGAUUAAGAAUAAAAGUUGUCAUAACGCCCCUUUAUCAAAUAAGCCUGAACUAAUAUCGGAUGCUACGCGCGAGUUUUCCUUUUGCAAAGAGUACUGUAGGUAAAAUUCCGCACUUGGCGUGUUUGAACAUUGCGCGUUGUCCUCCGCUUUUUCCAUUUCAUUUUAAAAUUUUUCGUUCUUUUUCAUGAUGAAAUUAUCUUACUCAACGGUUUCCCAAAGCUGUAAUUCAUUUCGAUGAGAUUUAGAACGAAAAUGAAAAAAAAAAAUGCGGAAAUGAUAAACGCGCAAUGUGCAAACACCGAAGGUGCACACUAAUAAUGCGGACUUUGACAUACAGUACUCUUCGGGAGAAGAAAAAUCGCCCUUGUCGUAGCAAUAUGCAGGGUAAGUAAUUGUUGAAAAAAAGAUCAGGGCCGGGCGGCGUAAAUCUUACGACUACGGUGGUUUUUGAUCAGCCCAGGACCCGUUUUUGGAUUACAAGGCUCAACCUUCAGAGAUAUCUCAAUUUUUUCGGAAAGAUUUAUUCAACAAAUAAACUAACUUAGUUUACGAACGUUUCAGGAACUAUUAUCUUGAAAUUGAAAAUCCUCAAAGUGAAAAAAAUAAUUUUGAGUAUGCGAUAGUGCGUCUCGGUGUGUUUACACUUUAAGCAGCAUAAUUUACGAAAAGUUCUGACUUGCGUAUUAAAAAAACGUCGUAAGCACCUUUAACCGCGCAGAAACAGUCUGCGCUUAAUUAAAUCGUAGUGUCAAUGGGAAAUAGAGGCCUGCAGGCUGAAUGUAGCACAACGAGCAGUAGGACGAAGGAAGAGCCGAACGGACAGCCGGAGGACUCGGCCGAGGAGCCCGACCCUUACGCCAACCUCUCCGACUACUACGCCAACCAUCCUUGCGCCGCCAACCAACGUUAGUUUUUCCAAUAACCUCUGGGGCUUUUUUUUAAUUUUAAAGAAACUUCAUAUUGAAUUUUAGUUAUAUUAUAUAGUGGGUUGAAAGAUCUAAGCAGUAUCGAAGUUUUGUAACCUUUUUUCCUCCAUAUUUCAUCUUUUGAAGAAUUCAAUUCCUUGAAAUAGGCUGUCUUUUUAUUUAUUCGGAUCUCGAUCACACGAAUUCUUUUUUUGUUUUUUAAAUUUUGAAACACUUCAGGAAAUGUAAAAGCAUGAACAAAAAUCAUCAUUCUGUCGGCCUUCUGACAUUUUUUCCAUAUCGUUAGCUUUCAGCCUAUGUACCGCCUUACGAUGUGAAGGAAGAGCCGCUGGAACCUCCAGAAGUUGAGGUUCGUUUUCUUGGAGAACAUAGAAAUUUUUUAUUUUAGAAGAUGAAAAAAUAUUAAUAUUUUGGUGCUCACACGUUGAAAAUUAAUAACUUGUGGGAGAGUGAAUUUUUUAACUGUACGAAAAAGAGGAAAUGAGAAUAUGUGUAGAUUAUAAUCGUCAAUCCCAACCGCUCUAUCUUUUUACGACAGUUGACCAGGUUUCAAAAAGGCUCAAAUUCCAACCGUUCAACCGUUGAAAAAAUUUUUUUUCGCUGAAUUUUCAGCCCUUCGACCGUUGAAAAAUAAAAUUUGGGUUGAAAUCAACCGCUAAACCGUUGAAAAAACUUUUUGUGUUGAAAUUUCAACCAGUUAACCGCUAAAAGGAAAAAUUUGGGUUGAAAUUGCAACAGCUAAACCGUUGAAAAUAGUUUCGGGCUGAAUUUCAAAAAUUUCGAAAUUUACUUUUCAAAAUCAACAUUUGAAAUCAAAAAAUUCAAUUUUUGAUCUUGACGACUAGAUGCAUCGAUAUGUGAGGAAUUCGGAAAGUAUAAAUGUCUUCGAUUCAAACUGCAAACUAAAGAAAAAGUACCUCGAAAACAGCUCGACCAUUGAUUUGAGGAGGAUGAAGCUGAGGCGUCUCCGGCGGCGCCUUUCGUUCCGCCUUCACAACGCGACGACGCCCCUUUAGCCGCUAUAUUGCAUCCUUCAUUAGAUUCCAUAGACCCUAGGUUUCCUGGUCAUUCCUUGUCCCAAAAACUCUCUCGUUUGCAGAAAAUUUUUCAAUGAUUUCAAGCCAGACGGAGUGUUACGGUUUUCGCGGCUUUUCGCUUCGAAUAUCAAGCCUUCGUCACGGUCCGAAAUUUGGUGGCCCAGCAAGACAUUUCACAAGCGAGUUGCGGCCAGCGAGGAGGAAAAGGUGCAGCCUUCCUCAUUGAUCCCAAAAGUCUUUCAAGUGAAAAAUUUCAGAAAUCUUCCGGCGCCCCCGAGAAAAAAAGGUUGAAACUUCUUGUUUCCGACAAACCAGGUGCAGAUGAUUUGCAGUUUGAUGAAGAGGUGAGGUAAUUUUUGGCUUUCCUGAAUUUCAAUGAAAAUAAUUACGAAAUCACGAUGAUGGCUUUAGAAACAUUGGCUUUUUUCUCCAGAGGAGCUAAUUUUUGUGAAAAAAAAACUCUUCUAAGUUAUAACCUUUUAAAAUGUACUGUCGAAGGAAGUCGUCAUAAAAAAAUAUAUUGGAUAAAAAUACUAUUUUUUUCAUACUCUUUCACUUUCUUUUCCUAAAAAGGUUUAUCUCAUUUAUAAAAAAACGAAAAAAAUUGUCUGGAAAUUUUUAGAACACUGCCGAGGAUAUUUUUACAUUGAAAACUGGAGGCGCGCUGAUUCGUUUUUUUUUUCUUGAUUUUUCGAUUUUAUCAAAUCAAUCAAAUCAAAAUGUUUAUUUCUCACACACAAGUGCUAAAUUUCACGAAAUAGAUGUAGGGAGAGUUUGGGAACAUAUGUUUGGGAACAACAAACAUGAACAAUUUUGUAAAACGAAACUUACUAAAAUUGUAUCCUUUUUUGCAAAUUUCAACUUUUUUCAAAAAUUUUUGAAAGUGUGAAAAUCAGGAAAUUUUCGAACAGCAUCUUUUUCGAUUUUUCAUAACACUAGGGAAGUUUCCGACGAAUCUCUGUCUGAUUUUUUUUUUCUCGGUGAAUUCUUCUUUUUGAAUAUUUUUAUAUAAAGUAGUUAGUUGAUUCAUGAUUAAAACACAAAACAAUAGAAAAAAAAAAUGGUAAUUGAUGUUUUUUUAACCGAAAAUGUAAGAGAAAAAAUUCGGAAAUGGGUUCGUCGGAACCUUCUCCCUCGGAAAGCUCCCUAGCGUUAUGAAAAAAUCGGAAAAGUCGCCGUUCGAAUUUUCGCUGUCUUCUUUUUUCAUACCACCAAUUGUUUGUAUGUAUUCUUACCAGGUCCUGCAAGUAAUUUCUGACUAGAAAAUAAUGUUUUUUGUAGCUGGAGAUGAUGCGGCCGAUGACGCUGUCCGAAGUGCGGGACUUCACGAAAAGAAGUCAGGAAGAAGCCCAAGAAGAACUCGUGCCGCCCUGGAGGUUCGGUCCGGCCAAAUUCUGGUUUGUUUUGUUUUGUUUUCAUCGUUCGUCAUUUUGAUUCAUUUCAAAGGUACGAUAUGAUGAACGUUCCAUCAACUUCUUCAACAGCUGACUACGGACUCAAGAUAGGGGUGGGUAUCAAAUAUAAAAAUCAUUCCCCUUUUCAAAGGCGAUUUCAGUAAAAAUUAGUUUUGAUUUCACCGUUUUAGAUCUUUGCUUCCAUCCCAAAAAAAAAAUCCAUUUUUCCAUUUUUCCCAUCGUUUCUUCAAUUCCUUUUUUACGAAAACCGUUGACAAGAUACCGUCAAAAAUUGUUAUUUUAAUGCCUUGUUUUCAAAAAUUCAACGAGCCUCAUGAUAAGCCUGAUUAAAAAAAAAAGUUAAAAACCUUUUUGAAAUACUGCAGAUGGGAAAAUUUUGAAAAUGGAUAAUGAUUUUUUAGACUUGAAAAAGUAAAAUUAUGAACUUUCCAUCCUCACCCUAUUCUGAUUCGAAAUGAUUGCUUACUAGGGAACUACUCGGGCUUGGGUACGCGGAUCGAGCUCAAACUUUAGGGGUUUGUAGACCUAAGUGAGAAUACUUGAAAACAAGAGAGAAUAUCUGCUAAACCCGAUAGCGAACAGAGAAAAAAUUAGUAGAAAAUGUGAAAAUUAGGCUUGAAAAUUUUCAGAAUACUGUUUUUUACCUUAUUUCAUAUUUUAAUACCUUGAAUGAUCCGGCUAUGAUAAACUCUAAAAAACUUUUUUCCAGUCAAAAAAACGAGGAAAGCAAAUAUUUGAUAAUUUUCAAGCCUAAAUUGUUCAUUUUCAAUGAGCUUUUUCUCAAAAGCCUAUGGGGUUUAGCAGAUAAUCUCUCUUGUUUUCAAGUACUCUUACCCGGGUCUAUGAGCCACCAAAGUUUCAACUCGAAACGCGUACCCGAGUCCGAAUAGUUCCCUAGUUAGUGUGUGCAUUUUUUUCAAACGGGUGUUUGAGGGAAAACAGUUGAUGAAAUAAAGUGUUUAUUUUGCUCACAGACAGAUUUGUGGCAGAUCUGUUCUUAUUAUUUAGAGGCUUGACUCAUGCGGAAAAUCAAAAGAUUCAAUUUUCAGCAGGAAAAAAGAGAAAAUAUAUGGUUUUUACUGACUAGGAAACAUUUUUCACUGCCUGAAAUGGCGCUUUUUUGUCACGAUUUGCGUAUUUUGAAGCAAAAGUUGAAGCUUCAUAACUCGAAAACUUGACCUCUAGUGAAUUAAAAGUUACAGACUCCGUAAACAAGUUCAUGAAAAAUUCUUAAAAAGUUUUUUUAUUCCAGAUAUCGAAAAGAUGCGCGGAGAAAAAACAGGACAGCGAGUGCAGCGGAUACGUGGAAGUCGUGGAGAAGAGCUGUGGCACUUUCGACGACCUCAUCAGUCCCUCGAACAUUAUGGAGUGGGAGAAGACCAUCGUGUUGGAUGGUGAAGACGUCAGAGAGAAGGUUCAUCCUUUUUCUCAUUUUUCUCCUGCAAAAAAAAAUUAAAAAAAAUAUUCCCUCAAAUUUUCAGAUGAAAGUUUCUCAUUUUGUCUUUAAAUAAAUGAAAAAAUCACGUUUUUACCAGAUAAUGAAGGUUUUUUUUUGUGGGUAGACUCAUAGAAGUGGGGCCAAUUUGAGGCGCCGUUCAUGUUUUUGGAUAAUAUUUUUAAAAAAAUAAUCGAAAAAACGGUUUCUCCAUGUAGCAACGUACUGAGUAUAGCUUUUGCAUGGCUGUGGCAGGAAUUAGACAAAAUAGAAAAUUUCUGAGUGUGAAGGUAUGAUAUAAUGAUGAGGACAUAUGAAAACGCCGCUUGAGGGUUACCAAAAGGUUUCGUACUUUUUUCUUUGUGUCCAGAUUCCAAUUCCAACCACCUCUGUAAAAGGAGAGUCUGGUUAAAUCUCGGAAUAAUCAAACCAGAGAUUCUUGGAACGGCUAAUGAAUAAUCUAUUGGUGGAACAAAUUAAAAAAUAAAUAAAAAUGUAUUCAUAUCAUUGAGUAAUAAAUCUUCUAAAAGUGUUGCCCCGGUCUUGUCAGCGGCUCUGUUGAGAGAAAUAAGACUAAAAAAACAAUUUAAAAAAAAAAGGUCAGACAAGCAAAAGAAGAAAAGGAAGGACCUCUAACAGAACUUAUUACAAAGAAAGAAUGUAAAGGACAUUUUUCCAGUUACUCGACACCUUAACCGGUGACAGAGCGCAGAGCUGCGACUGGAUCCCGACGCAGUACACACGCACCUACGAGCACUUUGUCUACGCAGGUAGGCUCAAAAUCGUCUCCUGAAGGCUUGGAUCGAGAGUUUUGAGCGAAUAACUCGGCAUUCGAGAAGAUGUUUGAGCCGAGCGGCGUCUACGCCCAAGUUCCGAUCAACCUUGUCCCGGCCAACGGUUGGUUCCUCGUCCUUGGGCGAACCCGAAGAGCUCGCUGUUCUCAGAUCAGUUGAUGGAACCCACGCCGACGCACACCAUCUUCGCCUCGGCACUUCCGGAGCUCGACCAAUACAACUGGGAGGAGGACCUCAUCUGGGAUCCGGACCACAUGUCUGCUAUUCCAGGUUCCAUUCCUCCCUUUUUUCCAGCCUCUAUCGUUGAUUCAGAGCCGAAAGUGUUAAUGGUCGACUUUCACGACGACCCAUUGAUUUUCGGCAUGCCGGAGGACCGAAGGCCGGAUGAUCCCGCCAACGGACAGCACGGCAAAGCUUUCGAUCGCAAGGUUAUUCUUACGACUUUUGUCGAUAGUUUCGUCAAAGCGAUUUUUUUAGUUGUCAAUGAUUCAUUAUCAAUGAAAAUUAGAUCUAAAGUGCUUUUCAGGGAUUUUUUGUGGCUUAAAAUGAUUCAAGUUAGGUCAUUUCAUCUAAAAAUCAACCUGAAAAAUGUUUUUUUUUUUCGAGAGAGAGAGAGUGUCCUCAAAACGGUACUUUUUAUGUGUUUCUACUUUUACAUGGUUAAUUAUUCAUCGAAAUUAGAUAUAUUCAUUACAUUUCAGGGAUUUUUUUGUGGCUUCUAAUGGAUCAAGUCAGGUCAUUCAAAUAAAAUUCAACAUGAAAAAAAAUUUUUUUUUGGUUUCUCGAAAAUUUCUUCAAAUCGGUACUUUUUUUGUGUUUCUAGUUUUUCCAUGGUUAAUUGUUCAUCUAACUAAUAUAUACAGUACUUUUCAGAAAUUUUUUUGUGGCUUAUAAUAAAUCAAGUAAGGUUAUUUCAGCUAAAGUUAAACCUGAACAAAAUUUAUGUUUUGUGAAAUUUCCCUAAAAGUUCGUUUAUAUUAAUAUCAUGCUGUUAUCUAACUUUGAAACGUAUGCUCUUCAAACUCUAAGGAUUUCAAGGUUGGGACUUGCUGAAAUUUCUUGUCCUAUACAACAAAAAUCAGGUUUAAAAAAGUCUCAAACGAAAAAAAAACCUUCUUUUCAAAUGUUCUCGGAUAGAUAUAGAGAAGGCAAUUUCGCGUUUUAAAUGAGAAAAGCUCUCAAUUUCUUGUAAUUGCUCUGAUAAGGAUUUUUUGCAGUUCACCAAAAAGUCAAAGAUGAUCCUCGGCCAGGUGCAACAGCGGCAGAAACAGGAGGAGGAAGAGCAGGUCUCUCUUGCUUGAGUAUCAUCCGCUCAAAUGCGCCUUCUUUCAGAUGGAGAGCUCCAUGGCGCAGUUCACCGACAAGGACCCGUUCAAUCUGAGCAACGACGACUACUACGUUCCGAAGGCUGCCAACAAGUCUGCUGCAUGUUCCGAAGCACAGGAUUCUAAGAGUUCUUUCAGAACACUGUCCGGAAAUUCCAUGUUGAUCCAACAUUCGACGCCUGCCCAGAACAUCCACCGGACUUUCUUCCCGACCCAUCUCAAUCCCUUCAAACUCCGUCAUUGGCAUCGGUGAUCCGUCCCGUUUUUCGUGAUGUUCGCAAUAAUGUCCUUCCAGGAUACCACUCUCCCGGCGUUUACUUCGUCUUUUUCUUUCGAACCGGUUCAUGUCUAUUCAAAAUAUCAAUCGGCACGUGGCGAAGAUGAACGAGGUUUUGUUUUUUCAAAAGAUUCAUUUUUUUUUCUAUCCUAAUUUUGCUUUUUUUUUUCCCAUAACUUUCUUCAAUGGCUUUUAGUAGUUCGUUGAUUCUCAAGCAAAAUCAGUAUAUAAUGUACAAGAAGGUAGAGAAAAAAUAGCAAAAAAACCCGAAAUAAAUUGAUAAAAGGCAAUUGAGGCCCUCAAGAGCCUCUGAGCCAGCGGGGCUUCGAAAUGAGUUUGGUAACAAAAAUGAGAUUUUUCGAAAAUCUUAACGCCAUUAAAUAGUUUUUUUCACCUCAUUCUGAAGGUCUACUCGAAGCUUUUCAACAUUCUGCCCUUCUGAAGCGAAUUUCGAAAUUAUCACCCGUCUAAAGAGUGAGAGAGAGACGAAAAGUUGUAAACAGCGUCAUUUAGCGUGCUUUCCACUAUCAAAAGCAGAAAUUUUUCAAAUUUCAGAAAUAAAUAGAAAAAGCUUCAUAUUUAAGUGAAAGGUUGAAAAAGAAUAAAAAAGAAUUUUUGGGAAAAACCAUAUCUCAAAAGCUAGAAGUUCGCGCAGGUAGGGACCAUAAAGGAUCUUUUUCUAGAUCUUCAGAGAGUGUUUGAGCAAAUUUGUAGACAAUUCCAAACCGCAAAGAAAAGAACCCCCUUGUGAGGCCAUAAAACUUCGUGAAGGUCGUGAUUGAAAGCCGAGUUGCAGAUACGGGAAAAAAUGAAGGCGGCAGAAGGGGGCGGGGACAUUUUCUUCAUGAGAGACGUCGCGGAUCUGAGUGGUCGAGACGGCGACCUCGUGCUCAUAGAGUACAGCGAGGAACAUCCCUCGGUCCUCAGUCAGCCUGGAAUGGCCGGCAAAAUGCGAAACUAUUACAAACGAGUUUGUUUUUGGCCAGACUUUUGCUCCAACAAAUACCUCAUUUUCAGAAGCCUGGCAACGAUGUCGAACCAGACUUCGAUUUCGGAGAAAUGGCCUUUUCGCACCACGUUCCAUUUUUGGGACAGCUGCAGCCCGGUCAAGCCAUUCAGAGCAUCGAGAACAACUUGUACAGAGCUCCCAUUUACCGUCACCAGCCGUUGUCAACGGAUUUCCUUCUUAUUCGGAGGAAAGCCAGGUGAUUGAAAUCAAGCUUGACUUGCGAGAAAAAAACGAAGUUAUAAAUGGUGAAAGAGCAUAAGAGAAAAAGGCGGGAAUACGGAAGGAGUUGCAAGAAAAAAAGGCCUGCCGGUAGUUUGAGAAACGGAUUGAAAAGCGGUAGUUUCAUGAAUUUUUCGUUUUGUUCCCUAAUUGAACAUUUUAAAGCCAAGCUAUAAGUUUUCAAGGUUUCCUACACACGGCGUUAUUUUUUUUCAGUACGCUAGUCGAAAUUUUCCGUGAAUUCUGGUGCUUAGAGUGUGAACGCCGACACGCAUUAUCGCAUACUCCGAACUUUUUCUUUUCAAUUUAAAAUUUAAAAUUUUAAGAUGAUAUUUCCUGAAACUCACGAAAACUUCUCUAUUCGAAGAAUAUGAUGUUAAAAAAACAUUUUAACACGCUAAAAAAAUACAAUGCAGCGAUCUUGAAAGGGAAAAAGUAUAAUACAAAAAGAAUAACAGAAAAUGUUUUUUUCUGGUGGGUUGCAUCGCGUCAAAUAAUUAAUGAAAAUAUAGAAGAUUUUUAAAUAUGCAAAAAUUUGAGAAGAGUUCCGUGAAAAAUGAAUAAAAACUAGAAAAUCUCGAUUAACAGAUAGAGGAGAAAACUGAGAAGCCUUGGCUGGCCAAAUGUUUAAUUUAGUUUGAAAAAUCAUCAAAAAAAAAUAGAAAAAAUGAUGUCAUACAAAUAAAUUAUAUAAUAAUACUGCCAUGUUCACUUCAAUUUGACUCACGGAACCGGUUUUACUCUACGUGAAAGUAACUUGAUAAUGGCUAUAACCCAACAGAAAGACGUCAAAAGAAUAUUCAUUAUUAAAAAAGCUAAAUAUUUGUACUUGUUUGAAGUCUUCAGUAAGUCUAGAAAUAUAUUCGGUCUGUGAGUCUGUUCGUUAGAAAACGGGUCCUGCACAGACCAAAACUACCGUAGUCGUAUUGAGAUAAAUUCUGAAUCAAAUUGAAAAUUCUGCCUCUUGUGAACACAGUUGAAGCCGACGAUGUUUCAGCUGGUACAUCCGACCUUGUCCCUCGCUGUUUGUGGCAGGUCAGCAGUGUCCUCUGUACGAAGUGCCGAGUCCCAAUUCGAAACGCGCCACUGUUUUCGUCCGCGACUUCUUGUUGGCUUUCAUCUACAGGCUCUUCUGGGCUAGCGAACACUCUCCUCGAAGGCUCAAAAUGGAAGACAUCAAGGUCUUUCAGCAACGAAAUAUAAUGUCAACGGAAUUAUUUGCAGCUCGCCUUUCCUCAUUACGCUGAGAGCAGUGUACGAAAGCGUCUGAAGCAGUGUUCCGACUUCAAACGGCUAGGCCAGGGACCCGAUCAGAACUACUGGGUCAGUUUAUUUGUAGAAAAAGUUAUAGUCCGAAAGUUCUAUCAUUUUUUUUUCCUGUCUUCUCCAAUAAAAUAGGAAAUACAAGGUCUGGACUUGCAAAUUUGCUUUUCGAGUUUGCUGUAUAGAGAAUAUUAAAAAUUAAAAUUAUAUCCUAAUUUUUUUUUUGGAUUAAAGUGAGUUCGAAUUUCGAAAAGCUGUGCGUAGUUUAAAAAGCCAAAUGAAACAGAUUUAUUCCUACGACCUUAGGAAUCCCAAAGUGGUCUCUAAAGGGUGAAAUUAAGGUAGGACCUAUAGGGGUUUAGGAUCUGACCCCUUAGCCCUCAAGUGGGCACUAUAGGGGUCUCUCAAUUUUAUUUAAAAAACGCUUAUUUGUUCAGUUCUCCCAUGGAAAUGCUUCAUCGCUUUACCUUGGUUGAAGUUCAUAACAAUUAUUGACUAGCUUGUCCCCUAAAGGGACCACUUUUACAAGCUUUAGUGGCUCCUAUACUGGUUGGUGAAGAGGUUCCUAGAGAAGACCCUCUAAGGGUCCCUAUAGUGACCAUUCUGGAGUUCCUAAGAUUAUCAAAGUUCGUUUUGAGGGUCGAGAAAAUUUUUUUUCCAUAUACCAUACCCAAAUCUAACUGUCACGCUGUAGAGUGAGAAAGGAAGGUUUAACAUCAGAGAUCUCAUUAAAAUCCACUUACAAGUACUAGUUCAGAUCUUACGGCCCGAGUUUCGGCUGCCGACAAAAGAAGAAGUUUUGGCGAUGGUGACGCCGGAGAUGUGCUGCGUGCAAUACAGCAUGUUGGCCGCCGAGCAGCGCCUCAAAGUUUUUCUUUGAUUUUUUCCUUUCUUCUAAGUGUUGAUUCAAGGACGCCGGCUACGGAGAAAAGUACUUCUUCACUCCGGAGAACGAGGAAGAUUCGGACGACCAGGUCACCAUUGAAGACGAGGUCGGUUCGCACAUACGGAUCAUUUUGUCGUGUUUCAAGCGGAUCUAGAUUUCCGAUUCAUUGAACCGCCUUUCCUUUUUGUGUCAGAGAUCUUCGCUCUCAGCCUCAGAUUACAGAUAAAAUGCGCUCCGUGGAACACGACAAGGGCUUUUCUCUCUUCGAUGCGCGACAAGUGCCUGCUGGACCAAAGCGGAAUCGCGGACCCCACAGGCUGCGGCCAGGGCUUCUCCUACGUUCGCGUUUCACAGAAGCCGCAUCGCGAAGACGCGCCGCCCGUUCCCAAGCGACUCGUCACUGGAACCAACGCCGACCUCCGCAAGCUGCCGCUCAAGGAGGCCAAGGAGAUCUGUCGGGAGUACGGCGUCAAGGAGGAGGAGGUCUCCAAUUUUUCUCUUCUACAGUUUGGCGGUUCAAUAUCGUUUUUUUUUUUCAUCGAUUUCAUAAUCCUCUAUCUCAUUUACUUCUUUUUUACACUAAGCUCUUCAUGUGAAGGAUUAGUAGUUUUAGAUCACUCUUAAAAAAAUUUAUCAAAAAAAAUGCAGGAAGCACUUCAUUUAGACUUAAAAACAUAAUUUUUUUUACUUUUAGGGGUUUCGGUAUCAAUAUAUAAUCAGGAAAGAAGGAAAGCCCUUCGUAUACUUUCAUACUGAAUCCACUCGAGUACUUUGAAAAUAUUAUGCAAUCAAAGUUUUGACAUCGGGCUCUUUAAGUCCAGGAUGGCAAUGAUUGGCCCGGGCCAAGUCAUUACUCUGUUUCAUUCUCAAUCAAGUCAAUUUUUCUCCCAAACCAUAUUGAAUAAAGGAGAGUUAAUCAAGCAUUAUUUUUAAAAAAAACUUUCAAAAAGGAAAUUGAACUUUCAGUACUUUGUAAUAAUGAACAGUGACUAUUUCAUGUAUAUUCUCUUACUAGGGAGAAAAUUUUAUUUUGCGGUCGGGAUUUUCCUCAAAAAUAUCCAGAACACUCCUUGUGGUAACAAGAGAAGAUCCUGAAUGUCUCAACCCGUGAAGUUUUCUAGAAAUGAGGACUCAAAGCCCGAAAACAGCCUAGUUCAACGGUUUUUUGAGUGUUUUUUUUUUGACUUUGAGGUGUCAUUUUGCGAAAAUUAAUAAUUUUUGCUGGUUGAGCUUUUCAGGAUCUUUUGAUAUCUCAAGGAUUUUUCAGGCCAAUUUUCAGGCGAGUCCCAAACACGAAGUAAAAUGAACUUCCUUGUUGAAAUUUUCCGGCUUGAGAAUUUCUCUAAAGGUUCACCGCCUUCUGUUUUUGCAGAUAAACGCCCUAACUCGUUGGGAAAUCAUCGAUGUGAUUCGGACGCUGUCCACCCAAGCGGCCAAAGCAAAGUCUGAAAACGGCGAAGGCAACUUCAAAACAUGUCGAAUCAAUUUUGAUUCUCGGGUUUUUAGUUUCUGGAAUGGCUCGUUUUGCACGCGGAAACACGCGUUUCAACUCUGCAGAUAUGCAGGACAAGUACAAGCGUCACUGUCAGCGGAUAUUCGACCUUCAAAAUCAGUUCGUUUUCGGUCUCAAGGACUUUCUCAUUAUGGAUUCAAAUAGUAAAAAAGGGUUUUAAGAAUAUUCUAAAAAAAGUCGACAGUAUCGCUGUGAUCCGUCUCCAUACUUUGUUUGUAGAACCCUCGCAAAUCCUGAAGCUCUUUCGACAGAUGACGACACAUCGGGAGAAGAUUCUGAUAACGAAGAACUAGCAAAUCGGCUCGAAAACAUGCUUCAAGCCAAUAAAGGUUGGCGCCAUCUUUUGAUUACCCAAUGAAGGUUAAUUUCAUAGGUAAAAAGCAAAUAUCGAUGUCUGAGAAGGCCCGAAUGGAGUACGAGAACGAGGAAAGGGAACGUAAAGACCUCAAAAGGAUGAUCCACGGAGACUCUGUCAAGACGGAGAACAAGGAAAAGAAGGAGGCAACGGCCGAAGAGAGGAAAAGUUCGUCUGGCAACCUCCUAUUUUGUCUUUCCCUAUUUUUCAUAUUUAAAAAACCGUCCAAACACUUCUUGAGGUUUCUGUGUGUCUUUAGGUAGACGAGAGCAUAUAAUUGGUUUAGUCUUUAUAAAAUGCAGGAAAGUAUUGUUUUUGAGGGGCGCUAGAGACUCUUUAGUUUUCUCCAAAGCUCAAAAACUUACCGAAUUCUUAUUCUUUUCCUCAGAACACAACUUCAAAAAUAAGAAAAACUAUCAAUUUCAGACGCUUCCAAAUUUGGCGAAGACGUCGCGAUGUCGGCGUCCAAGAUUUCUGGCAUCACAGCCAACCAAAAGCUGAAAAUCUAUCGGACUGUGAAGAACUCGGACGGAACCGAAACGGUUAGCCGCGCGAUGUUUUUUUGGAAUCGUGGAGGUUUGAGACGCGGACGGAAGUGGUGACGCGACCGCAGCUGAUCGAGGCCUACACGAGGAUCCGAAUGACCCGCGACGACACGUUCAUCCAGGUCUACGCGCAGAUGGACGAGCAGUACAAGGAGGUUGGAUCAUUUCUAUACCACAAGUGACUUCUAAUCAACUGGGUUCUUAACUACGCGGAGAUCUGAGGUGUAGAAGUAAUGUUCAUAGGUGAAAAAACAAGAUUUUCUGAGUCCAUUCUAAUGAUGAUAAUAAUUUAUUCAUCCACAAGGUGAAAAGAAUACGUAAGUUAGAACUGGUUUUAGAUCAACCUCAUGAGUGACUUCACCGGAUAGCUGUUUCACCUUUUUAUUCCGACUAAUUUGGAAAGGGAAAAUUUGGGUCAAUUUUAGGAGACAUCCUGGUCAUCUGGGGACUUCUCAGCCUUAAAAAGACUUACUAGGAAUAUUUUUUUUCCCGGGUACUGUAGGACCUCCUGAUUGCAGAAAAAAGAAAAAUUCUCGCAAUACAUCUGAUUUUCGAGUUGAAACGUUUCAAAAAUUUGAGUAGCGCUUUUUUGUCAGAUUCGGGGGCUUGAAAAUGGUUGAAAACCGUUCCCUAGUUAGAAUUAAGUUCAUAGAGUCGUAUUUGAAAAUUUUUAUACUUUAAGUUUGCGAAAGUGCUCAGUUCUUUUCGAGGCCUUUUUCUGCUUUGUUUAGUUCUAAAAUUUUCGAAAAAAAAAAAGUAAAAAACGGAUUUUUCAUUGCAGGAAAAACGAAAAGAGAAACGCCGCCUGCAAGACCAACUACGGCGAAUCAAACGGAACGAGAUGAAAGCGGCGAGUGGACAGCCACCGAAACCGGAGAAAAAGCCGGUGCCGAUCAAGCCAAACCUGAUCAAAAUGCGGUGCAGUGCCUGCCAAGGCACAGGCCACAUGAAGACCAACAAAAACUGUCCGCUCUACGGCAAAGAUCCGCUCACAACACCUCUCAAGGAGCUCAACGUCGGUUUCGUGGAUGACUGCUCGAAUUAACUCUCUUGCAGAUGUCCGGAGCUUCUGACAUGGAUGAGUCGACGUUUGAAGCCGCAGCUUCUGAAGACAGCGCCAAGAAAUCCGCCAAGAAGACCCUCUUCACUCCCAACCACACUAGUGGCAUCAAGAAACUCAAGUUUGUGUUCCUUUUUCAUAUAAUUGAAGGAUUGAGCUGUUUACGGUAGAGAAAAGACCAAGUUGUGCACAUUGAGACUUUCAGGUUCAUAAGAAAUCAAGUAAGAUUUUUGCCGACUUCCCGACAAUACCGCAUCAUAGUAACACGGCGUUUUUUCAGUACGCCAGUCGAAACUUUCCGUGAAAUAUGGUGCUUAGGGUGUAAACACCGAGACGCUUUAUCGCAUACUCCAAACUUUUUCUUUUCAAUUUUAAAAUUUAAAAUUUUUGAGCCAAUAGCUCUUGAAAUUCACGAAAACAAAUUUAUUUGAAGAAUUUGAUGUUUGAAAAUAUUCGAACACGCUGAAAAAAAUAUAUAGCAGCGACUUUGAAAGGGAGAAAUUCUAAACAGCUGAUUACAAGAAUAACAGAAAAGAUUGUUCUAUUAGGUUGCUUUGGGUCAGAAAAUCAAAAAUAUGAAUAAUUUUGAAAUAAACCAAAAUUUGAGAAGAAUACCGUAAAAAAUGAAUAAUUUUUCAAACCACAGAAAUUUUGCUUCAGAAACUUGAUUAACAGAUAAAAAGCGAAAACUGGAAAACCUUGGUUGACGAAAGUUUAAUAUAUUUUGUAAAACUAGCAAAAACUAGAAAAAGUAAUGUAAUUCUAAGUACUUAUGUAAUGAAUCUUCAAACUGCCAUGUGCAAUUCAAUUUGGCUCCAAAUUACACGAAACCGAUCAGGAUAACGCUGUCGCGCGUGGACUCGAGCGCCGACGAUGGUCAUUCUCCGCCACCGACGAUGAUGUCAGAAGACGUCGACGAGGACGAGGCGGACAGUUUCCAUGACAUGUCGGCCACCUCGGCUGCGGCAGUCCGAGGCUCAGUCAGGUCGACGAGCAACGGCGGUCCGAAGCGUCGCCUGUCGAUGAUGCCAGAGGAAGACUACCUCCAGGGACCCGCCAAGAGCGUCCAACGACUUCGGGCCGAUCCCAAGGUAGAAAUCUUCUCGGUUCUUCCUCCACUCGGAAUCUUCUAGGUGACCAUGAGUAGCAUGCUGACGGAGAUCGUCAACGAGCUCAAGACCAUCAACGGCGCCGACCAUCAUCUUCUUCCUGUCAACGCUCGGAAGGUAGUAUCUUCCAUCAGCGUUAUAUAAUUUUCUUUGUAAAUCUUUUCCAUUUUCAAAAGAGAUUCAAAAAAAAACUGUGGUCAACUCUGACUGUGAAAUGGUGCAAGAUAUUCCCUUUUUUUGUUCUGACUAGGGAACUACUCGGACUCGGGUACGGGUUUCGAGUUGAAACUUCAGUGGUUUAUAGACCCAAGUCAGAAUACUUAAAAAAAAAGAGAAAAUAUCUUAACCGAUAGAGAACUGUGAUAAAAUUCGUAGAAAAUUAGGCCUGAAAUUUUUCAGAAUACUGCUUUUUACCCUAUUUUUAUAUUUUUAAUACAAUCAACUUGGAUGAUCCCCUAUAAUUAAAACUAAAAAAAGCUUUUUUUCCAGUCAAAAGGAGGAGGAAAGCAAAUAUUUGAUAAUUUUUUUAAGCCUAAACUGUUUAUUUUUCAAAAAAAGCUUUUUUUCUCAAAAGCCUAUGGGGUUUAGCAGAUAAUCUCUCUUGUUUCCAUGUACUCUUACCCGGGUUUAUAAGCCACCAAAGUUUCCACUCGAAACGCGUACCCGAGUCCAAGUAGUUUCCUAAGGAGUAGUCUCCAUUUUAGGCUCAAAACGAGUUAUAAAGGCCAGAAAUGAAAUGAUUGAAAAGCUUUUUAUUUGGAAUCAAUUGAAUGAACCUGAAAUAUCUUACCUACAAUUUCAGGUUCCUGACUACCACGACAUUGUCAAGCAGCCGAUGGAUUUGCAGAAGAUCAAAAUCAACAUUUCUGAUCAACGUUACGAGCUUCGUAAAGUUUUCCUCGAGGUAUAACUUUCCUAAUUCUCUCGGCUAACAUCUGAGUUGCCUUCCAGGAUGUGAAAAAGAUGUUGGACAACUCUCGACUUUACAACGGCGACAAUCACGUCAUAACUGAAGCGGCGCGUCAGAUGUUCGAACUGGCCUGCAAACGCGUCGUCGAACGGGAGGAGAAGUUCAUAAAUCUCGAGAAACAGAUUAAUCCCCUCCUCGACGACAACGACUCGUCAGUUUUCAAUCGGAAAACAAAUGAGCAACAGAAAUGUCUUUUGAAGAGUCGGAUUCUCUCAUCUUCUCUGCGAAAUCGUCCAAAAAUGCAAGAACAUCCCCAAGUCGGUCGUUUUCCACUCGAAAGUCGACGCUCGCAAGGUUUCAUUUACUUUUUCUUGGAGUUUAUGAUAACCCCUUUACUACCCGUUUGCCUCAACAUGGAAGCUUUUGAUCGCACGUAGAAUUUGUCGACGGCUGCAACCGACCAAAUCUUACUUGCGCGUGGGGAACUUGAACAUCGUUACAAAAAGAUAUUGCUUUUUGGUACAUCUAACCGCGAAGUUUUGAAUUAUACGUGCGAUGGGUAAGUUUCGAAGCCGCGUCUAUAGCUGAUUCACGGGCGGCUUGAGCCAUCAAAAAAGGGUCCUGACAUGAUAAUAAAAGAGAUAGUGUGUGGCUGGCGUAAAGCGCAGACAGGCCACGCCCCUUUAGCGUCUCAAGCUAGCCGUGAAUCGGCUAUAAGUAAAAUCCAAACGGAACAAUUAUUUUGUUACACCAAAAAAAAGGGAAUUGAAAACCGAUACAUUAAUAAAAAAUUCCGAAAAUUCCCGUGCAACCCAAAAAAAUAAUAAUUUUUCCAAAUUUAUCAGUCUUCUGGCUUUAAAGCGAGUCCUUUCGAAUACCCCCUUAAUUUCUUUCAGGUGCCAAACUACUACGAUAGAAUAAAGCGGCCGAUGGACUUGGGAACGAUAGAAAUGAACGCCAAACAGCGACAAUACACGACGGUGGCGGCCUUUCGAGCGGACGUCGAACAGGUUGCGAAAUGAUACGAGUCAGUUGAGAGAAGUAUUUUCUCAGAUCUUCCUCAACUCCGAACAGUUCAAUGGCCCGGCCGAAGUCAACUCCUACACUGCCAAGGCUCUUGAAAUCCUGCGCAUGACGGAUUCUUUGAUUGCCGAGAAGCGCAUUCAGGUUUUUUCCCUUGCCUGGAAACAUUAAAAGUAUAAAUUUAUCACAGCUUCAUAAAAAGCUCUUCCUAUUUUAUUAACUAGGAAAUCCAUUCGCUGCUCCAAAUCAUAUCAAAAACAAUCAAAUUUUUUUUGAAAAAAAUCAAUCGGUUUUUCGCGGCCGGGGAACAAGGACUAUAUACCCUCGAAAAAUCAGCUCAAUCGGAGACAUUGAAAUUUUCGACAUUUGAGGGUCCAUAACUUUUUUCACAGGCCUCAAAGGCAGUUUUCGAGACCAGGUUUGGAAUCAGCGUGAAAAACUACAAAAAGUAAACUUGGUCCCAUUUAGAAGUCCCACUGCGAAUGGUGACCAUUUCCCAAAAUAUGAAUUCAUAAAAUUUUUCUUAAUAUUUAUUGGAAGAAAUAAACUUUUGAGACUAGGGCUUAUGUAGGUUAUUUAGAACAGCUCUGAAAAAAAGAGAUCCUGAAAAAUUUAUUUGAUGCUUUUUCUUGUAGCCCAUUCCUAUACGCUUUCAUCCAAAAAGUUUUUUUUUUCUCUAAGACCUGAAACAGAAAAUCUUGAACUCAACUCUUUAGAGAAAGCUCCCCAAAAAUAUUCAAAAGCCAUUUUCAGCUCGCCGAGCUCGAGGCCAACAUCAACCACAUUCCGCUCAACGAAAUCGACCAGAAAGACUACAACAAGGACUAUGAAUCGGACGAUGAACUCGCUUAUAGCAACGGUUUGCUCUGAAAAUGUAAGAAAAAAACUUGGAAUUUUCCUCUUUCCAGACCGAGAAGAACUCAACGACGUUGAUAUGAGCGAACACGUUGACGAUGAAGAAAUUGGUUAGUUCUCAUCGCAUCUUCAGUAGAACUUAAAAAAAGAGCAGUCUUAAAAGAAACUAUUCUACUGUUUUGACAUGAAAUAUAGCUUGAUUGACUUUGCAUAGUUAAUCAGUUGAUUUUCCAGAUAUUUGGCCGGAGGAUGAAGAAGGAAUGGACAUGAGCGACUCCAGGAUGGCCACAUCCGGACAGGUCCAACAUUUUCUCAUUCACUCGCUUGUUCAUUUUUGUUCUGUUCAUAUUUGAGUCGUCUGUUUCUUUUCACCAGAUGAAGAUUCUGAAAGUCUCAACCUGCACAACUUUUCAGUUUUUGUUUUAUUUUCGAAAAAUAAGGGCCGAAAGUCUCUAAAUAGCCUUUUUAUGGGUUUUGAGGGAUUUCUUUGACUUUGAGGUAUACAUGGGAUAGUCUCGAUGGGACCUGAAAACGAGGAAGUUGUGCACGUUGAGACUUUCAGGAUCUUCUUCUGGUACAUAAAAAAAAGUACUCUGACCAAUUUUUAGAAAGUUCCAUUUUAAAAGUUUCUCUGGUGAGUUGGAAAUCAAACUUUAUUUUCGAAAACUCGUGUAGAUAUUGAAAAUCGGCUGAAAAGACUCAAUACUAAACAUCUAGAGAGAAAGACAGUGAUCAGCAGUAUUCAGGUGAUCAACGACCUGGCUCUGUCCGACUCGGACGACGAAGAGCACCUCGACGAUAUGCGGAGGCCCAACGACGACGACAAUCUGCUAGACUCAUUCUGA